AUGACGUAUGAAUGCGGUUUCGUUAAUCGUAUCAAAUACCAAGUGGAAGACCGGCAAGUUAACAGUGAAUAUGAAAUGAUCGCACUUCUGAGGCAAAACAAAGUCCACGUUGCAGCUCCUAUAUUUGAGUCAAAAGGGGACAGACACUACAGCGAGUUCCCCUUUUUCAAAGUUGUUGAUUAUCCAGGAACAGACUACAUUACCACUGAAGAAGGGAACAACAAGAUCAGCUAUGUUUUGGAUGCCGUUCUGAAGUCUUGGCCACUGCUAGCUGUCACUCUGGUCCUGACAGCCAUUUCAGGAGUUGUUAUGUGGGCUUUGGUAAGUUUUGAGUUUGUGUUACCAAACAGUCUUUAGCGCCUAAAGGGCAUUUUCUAACUAUAUGCACUACUAACUGUUAAAUAAAUUUAAACCUUUGCAAAAUGAUUUACGUGAUCUUUCAACAUCAACAACCCAUUUUAUCUGAGAAAGAUGGGAAACAAUUAUUACGAUCAAAGGACAAAAAUGCAUCAACCACAGACUGUCUGACUUAGCUACAGGGAACUCCUCGGGGAGCUAGACCACCUGCGCUGUUCAUUACUAUAAACAUUAAUAACUAUAACUAAUCCCAUGAUAGCUAUAAAGUGUGACAAGCGUUCUUCGUAUAAUUAAGAAUUAAAAUGCUGCACUAAGAAAAACAUGGUCGAAAGUGUGGAGUGUCGAGUAAGCAUUUGAGCUUGGAUUAUUUGAUCGUAAGACCACUAUUUUGUGUCCUUAAGAGACGGUUAGGAAGUGUCACGGCAAAAAAAAUAUAUUUUGAAAUCAUUCACUUCCUGCCUCGUUAUCAACAACAGUGACCGACACAUCUUUCAGAGGAGAGGCAGCCGUUUGUAUUGGGGAUACACAUUGACAAAUGUGGUCGUAUUUAUUUAUUCAUUAAUAAUAUAACAUGUAUCUUUUAGUUUAUUCAUGAAUGUUUCUUCACUUUUUUCAGGACACGUACUGGAACAGUGAAGAAUUUCCACGUUCAUUCAUCAAAGGCUCAUGGGACGGAUUUUGGUGGUCUUUUAUUUCGAUGACCACAGUAGGGUAAAUCUCUUUAGUUACCUAACUAGCCAUGCGAAAAAUAUUGUCAAAAACCGAAUGAAUUUUUAUGAUUUAAUUUAAAUUUGUGGACACGACAAAUUGUAAUUCGACCCCAAAACAGUGGACCAUAGAAGCCUCCCUCGUUGAUGUCCAAUGUUUAUUUCGAGCCGAUUCAGCAUAGUCCAGCCAUCUAAUUUUGGAUGUUCUCUCAUGAUCAGUGUGCAAGCAGAUUUAAGGUGAUAAUGAUCUAUUUCGUCUCAGGUAUGGUGACAAAUCUCCCAAAUCUCUUCCUGCACGGAUAUUCUCCAUUGUUUGGAUUCUCGUGGGCCUGAUUGUUAUGGCAAUCUUUACAGCGAACGUCACUUCAGCCCUAACGGCUCUUUCCCUGGAAACCGAACCAAGUAGCUUUGCUAAUAAGAAAGUGAGGCUAAUAGAUUGCUAAACGAUGAAAGAAAAAAAACGUGGCAUAUUAUGGAUGAAUCAGCGAUACAAAAGGCUGGCGCUGUGCAAAGUACACCAUGCAUUCCCGAGCAGAUUGCAGAUCACCAAAAAAGUGUCAUCACAUGUGAAGACACGUCUAACGAUGUUUUGAGUUUCCUCUUCCUUUUCUUGUUCUUGGGUAAUUCUCAACCCUGUUCUGUUCUUGCUCUUAUUCCUCUUAUUCUUCUCCUGCGUCCUCUUUAAAAACGUUCCAAAAAGUUAUCAUUAUAAUUAUGCAACUGUGUUGUAGAAAACUAUACUAUGUCUGAUAAAAAGAAAAAAAACUUUUCAUUAGGUUGCAGUUAUAGGAAAUGGGACAGAGUACCAACAUGCACUACAGGAGGGGGCUGAACCAAUAGGUAUAUAUGUACAAUCCUAUAAGCACUGGGUGCUAUUAGUGGUUCUAAAACCAGAGUGUAAACAAAACCAAUUGUAUAAACAACCCGUUACAAAGCAUGGCCCAUCAACCACGGACAUGACAAGGGUUUCAUGUCUUGGAUACUUCGAUGGAGUAUGCACCGUCAUAUUCAAUCAAUCCAUUUGCUACAAUUAAUUGCCUAAUUUAGGAAUUAGAGUCUACUGAUCUUCCUUGUAAGCCGUUAGCCUUAAGAACGACGUCUGAACAAUCUAUGCAAAGGUCAUCAGCUAAAGCCUUUUACGUCAGUUGGGUGUAAUAAACCGACUGGUACGUUAGGUCGUUCUGCCCAGACUCUCCAGUGUACAACGGUCGGCAGUAUGGCUGUUGUGUUAAUAAUUUUAUAUUUUUUCAUACUGUAUCUAGUGCGCAACAGUAUCGAAGACGCUAUUAAAGAUGUGCAGUCCAAGAAAGUCGAUGGAUUAUUCAUAGAUCACUACGCAAACACCUUUUACCACUCAAGAGAAAAACUGAAAACGCUUCUCACCGUCAAGAAAUUGGAACUUCAAAGAGAUGUCGGCGUUCUCUUUUCAAAGGACAGAAAAUACCUGGCAGAUUGCUUAAAUUAUCAGCGUUCCACCAUUUUGAGGUCGGCUCAAACCAUCACUGCAACAUAUAAGGUACAGCUUUAAGUUGGGAGAAUUAUUUGAACAGCGAGCUCCGAUCUCUGCUUUAUCAGCUAUUGUGCGUGAAACAUGAAAAACAUUUAACAGGGUCAGCAACUUCUGUUACCCAGGUCACUGGAUAAAAAAGUAACCAAUUAGAAUGCAAGAGAGCAGAAAUUAGUUCCUUAUUACCUCUUUCUUGUCAUCGCUUGCCUUAGUCCCAUGAAAUGAUUGGCACGACUUGAGUCAUGAUUAAUUGAUCUAUUUAUAAGAUAAUCAUGAAUGCUUUCUUUUUUGACAGUCCACCAAAAGUAAUCCAGCCAAGCAAUUCAGUUUGUUUGACGAUUCUUCCAGCUUUGUUAAAAUACUCCUGUACAUUUUGCUUGGAGUAUUGGCGGGAAUGCUUUGUAUUGGAGUAAUAUGGGACUUACUUAUCAGGAAGAAGUCUGGCAAGCAGCAAAAUUCCACGAUAGAGUGGCGUAAGCUUGUUUUCUUUUGAAGGUGUCCAUUUGUUCAUCGUGUUGUGAAUAGUAUCGUCUGCCUGUAAUUCAUUCAUCUAUCCAUUUAUCCAUCGGUCUUUUCAUUUCACUUAAGUUCCUGAAUAUAUCCAUUCAACCCCAUAUCAAUCAUUACGGAUUAAGUGAUUUACUCAUUUAUACAAUUAUUUACUUUUUCUACCAGCCAUCACUUCAUCAAUCUACUCAUUCAUCCUUCUGUCCAUCCAUCCAUCCAUCCAUCCAUCCAUCCAUUUAAUUCAUUCGCUUCAUCCGCAAAUUUAUCUUCUUUUUUUCAUUAUUGCAUGUUUUUUUUUCUAUUUAACAUUGUCGUCAGUUUGAUUUCAACGGCGGGCCUUAUCCAUUGAUGUGGUUAAGUGGCAUUAUGAAAUAAUCAAUUUCAUUCAAUUAACAGAAGCUGAAAACAAAGGGAUGGUGUUAACUGAGAGAGAAAGUAUUCUCAACGACUUUGAAGCAGCCAAAAGACUUCUUAAACAAAUGCAAGAUCACUUUACAAUACUGGAAUCAAAGGUUUCAAAACUUCGGGGUAGCCAGUAAACGGUGCGUUCAGUGGAUUUUGCAAGUUAUAAACCAUACAACACGUGUACAGGUUAAAAAAAAUCUUGAUUGCAUAUCUAUGUAUGUACUGAUUUCACUCCAAAGGCAGGCAAUAUUCAACAUCUAUGUAAGAGGACAAGGCUAGAACAGCAUCAUCUACUUAUCUAUCACAACUUGAUGGAAAUUUCUGAAAAGAAGUGUGCUUGUAUGUUAAAGCAAUCGUACUGGAAAAUAGCGUCCGUGUAUGAUUUCGUCAUGCGUAAACUGAAUUUUUUCUUCUCCAGCUUCUAUCUUAAUUUUGUUUAAUUACUCCUUAUUAUAUCUGCCAAUCUGCAUCUUGACAUUUUGGCUUGGGGUAAAGUUAUCUAUUCUUACGUAAACUUACAGGUAGCUUAUUACUUCCACUGUACUUACGAACUUAACGAAUGCAGAUCAUCGAUCUCUUUGAAGUUUUCAAAUUCUUGUAUUAGCCCAAAACUUAGCCUUUUUUUCUAUAAGGUUUUCAGCCCCUUUUUGCAGAUUAAAAAACUUUACUUAGCAAAUUAUUUCAUCAUUGUCUCUCAUAAUCAGUUCAAUAGAUAACAACAAAAGUCUGUUAAGUUCUUACUUAGUUAAAAUGCAUUGUAUUUUGUCGUUUGAGUAGUUCAAUAGCUCAGGAAGUCCAGCUGCGUGCAUCCAGCGGCAGGAGCGAGACUACCAUAAGGCCUUGCGAACAGUAAACGGUUGAUUAUUUUAACUGGAGGCCAAUUCGACCGCAGAGGUGACUUAGCGAGAUUAAAAACACACUAGGCUACUAUCCGUUGAUGGCGAGGGUGGCCUGCACGCAAGCAACCGCGUUUAUCUAUUACUCCUUGCACAAUAGAAUGGAAAAUACGUAAAAUACGAAUGUAUUUAUGUACACAUAACACUUAGUGAAAGAAGAAAG